CCACCUACACCCACCCACGCACGCACGCGCGCGCGCUCUUGCUGCCGCGCUAAAGAUGGCGAGGCUUGGAGCGUCGUCUGUGUCGUCUCUGCCGCCGCCGCUGCUGCUGCCGCCGCUGCUGCUGCUGGUGGUGGUGGUGGCCCCCACGCUGCUCAUUCGCUCCACUCUCGCCAACUCCUUCCCGCAGCGAGAGAGCAUCCAGUACUGGGCGACUCGCAUCUCCACGGAGUUGGACAAAGUGCUGCAUCAGGCUAGCGGCAUGGAUCAGCUGCGGGAGAUCUACCACAAGCACAAGUCGCUGUUCGAGCUGAGGAGAAACGAGGCUGAGCACCUGGUGAACACGGCCUCCAUCAAGAUCAAGAACCUGCUGAGCAAGAGGGUCCACGCUCUGGAGAAACUCACCAAGGCCGCCGAGGACCUGCAGAAGCGACACACCUGGAAGGACCACAUCCAGGAGGCCGAUGUUUCCUACUAUGACGCCAAGCAGCACGUGAAGUGCAUCCCCGAUGACCGUGAGGCGAGGAGCGACGAGACGAGCCGGAGCGACUCGCGCGUGGCCAACGAGAGCUUCACCGCCGUGCACAUCCCCACCGACAUCUACAACGGCUCGUCCAUCAUCCUGAACGAGCUGUACUGGACGGCUGGCCUGGAGCAGGUGUUCAAGGAGAACAAGCGGCAGGACCCCAAGCUGCUGUGGCAGGUGUUUGGCAGCGCCACCGGACUCACGCGAUACUACCCAGCACUGCCGUGGUCCUGCAACCCCAAGAAGGUGGAUCUCUACGACGUCCGCCGGCGGCCAUGGUACAUCCAGGGUGCCGCAUCUCCCAAGGACAUGGUGAUUCUGGUGGACGUCAGCGGCAGCGUAAGCGGCCUCACGCUGAGCCUCAUGAAGAAGUCGGUGACGAACAUGCUGGCGACGCUGGCCGAUGACGACUACGUCAAUGUCGUGUCGUUCAACAACACGGCGUACCACGUGUCGUGCUUCACGCACCUGGUCCAGGCCAACGUGCGCAACAAGAAGGUGCUGAAGGAGGCCGUGGAGAAGAUGACGUCGCGCGGCCUCACCAACUACUCGGCCGGCCUGGAGUUCGCCUUCCAGCAGCUCUUCAACCACAACAUCUCGCGAGCCAACUGUAACCGCAUGAUCAUGCUGUUCACGGACGGGGGGGAAGAUCGUGCCCAGGACAUCUUCGAGCUUUAUAACUGGCCAAAUAAAACGGUGCGGGUGUUCACCUUCUCCGUGGGGCAGCACAACUACGACGUCACGCCCAUACAGUGGAUGGCAUGCGCUAACAAAGGAUACUACUUUGAGAUUCCGUCCAUCGGAGCGAUCCGGAUAAACACUCAGGAGUACCUGGACGUGCUGGGUCGCCCGAUGGUGCUGGCUGGGCCCCGGGGCAAGCAGGUGCAGUGGACCAACGUCUACCUAGACGCUCUGGAGCAGGGCCUGGUGAUCACGGGGACUCUUCCCGUCUUCAACCUGUCUGCGAGCGGCAACGUCCAGAACCAGUUGAUCCUGGGCGUGAUGGGCGUGGACGUGUCCCUGAAAGAGAUCAAGGAGCUCACCGACCAGUUCAACCUUGGAGCCAACGGUUAUUUCUUUGCCAUCGACCCGAACGGCUACGUCCUCCUGCACCCCAACUUCCUGCCCAAGCUGCCCAACUUCCAGGAGCCGGUGACGCUGGACUUCGUGGACGCCGAGUUGGAGAGCGCUAGGAAGCUGGAGAUCAGAGCGAGCAUGAUUAACGGCGAGAACAAAUCCAUGACGUUCGAGACGCUGGUCAAGUCCCUGGACGAGAGAUACGUGGACAGAGUGAAGCGCACGUACACCUGGACUCAGGUGGAGAGCACGGACUACAGCCUGGCGGUGGUGCUGCCGCACUACAGCCUCUUUCACAUCAAGGCCCUCCUGAGCGGCGACGAGAUCACUCAGGCGGCCUCCAACUCGAACAAAGGCAACGAUUUCGAGACGCUAUCUCCAUCGUCCACGGAUGCGAUGGAGCACGUGUUCAUCGCGCCCAGGGAUUACUGUAAGAACAUGGUGCCAAGCGCCAACAACAACAACAACACGGAGUUCCUGCUGAACUUCAUCGCCACGAUCGAGCGCGACUCGCCCAACUCGCCCGACUGCAACCAGGAAAUGAUUUACAACCUCCUGCUGGACGCGAGGAUCACGGCGGACCUGGUGGAGCAAGCGUGGCUGGACCUCAACAUGGAAGAAUUCGGUAUCCAGGCUGUGUUCGUGGCGACCGAUGCUGGAGUGACACGAGUGUUCUCAUACGGCCUGGCCAGCGAGUGGCUGGAGGAGCCGGAGCCAUACAACGCCAGCUACUACAAGCGUAGCCUCGACAAUGCCGGCUUCGUCUACCGGGCGCCCACGCUCAAAUCUCCGCAGGGCAGCAUCCUGUCGAGCCGGGCGAUCGAGCUCACCUUCAACGAGCACACCCUGAAGCCCGCAGUCGUCGGGGUCAAGUUGGACGUCGAGGCCUGGACGUCAAAGUUCAAGAUCCUGGCGACCAACCGCACGGCGGCGGGCGGCGGUGGCGGCGGCGGCCAGGACACGUGCGAUGGCUUCAGGACGUACGGAUCGAGCAGCUGUGAGAUGGACUGCGAGGGCUCCAGCGAGGAGCUGCUCUGCGUCAUCUUGGACGACGGGGGCUUCCUCGUCCUGUCCAACAACAAGGAGCACACGAACCUGUUGGGCAGCUUCUUCGGCACGAUCGACGGUGCCCUCAUGUCGGCGCUCUACAACGCCUCGCUCUACGCCAAGGUGGAGUCCUUCGACUACCAGUCGGUGUGUGGGCCCCGGCGGGCCAACACCUCGGCCUCCACGGCAACGCACCUCCACACGCCCAGUCUCGUGGACCUCGUCAACCUCGCCUGGUGGUCCACGGCGGCUCUGUGGUCCCUGCUGCAGCAGCUGCUCUUCUCCCUGCUUCUGGGCACCACAGAGUACAGCGAACCGGCGUCUGCGUUCUGGACAGACUACGCGGACCAAGUGAGCUGCGUCACCCUGCAGACCCAGUUCUACUUCCCCAACAACGAAACCUCCUUCCACCAGCUCAUCGACUGCGGCAACUGCUCCCGGCUCUUCCACGCCGAGAAGCUUCCCGGCUCGAACCUGGUGUUCGUCGUAGCGGAGAACAUUCUGUGCUCCCACUGCCACAUCACCGUCCUGACGCAGGCGGACCGUGAGUCGGAGGGGCACGACUCUUGUGCGAUGGUGAGGACCCCGCGUGUGCGUCGUGGCCCCGAGAGCUGCUUCGACUACAACACCACGGAGGACUCGUCGCAGUGCGGCAAGGCCUCUUCGCUCGGGCCGUCCGUGCCGGCCGUCGUGGGCCUGCAGGUGCUGGGCCUGUGGCUCCUGCCGCUGCUCCUCCUGCCGCUGCCGUCGCCGGCUCCUUCCGAACCUCACCCCUCCUGAGGGUCGCCUUUCCACCGCCGCGGAGCCAUUCGGGGAGCCACCACAGCCGAGCCACGGCCAGGCUUUUCACGCGAUUGAAUGCUCACAGUGUUAUCGUCAUCAUCAUCAUCGUCGUCGUUCUUUUUAUUGUUCGGAAGAGAAGUUUGUUGGCGUGGUCUCAUGGGACGUAGCGCUGCUGUGGCAGCUCCAUUUGGGGGUGGUGGUGGGGGGGGGUCACCACCAAGCCCCCUUCUGGGAACGCGCCACUGAGAAAGCGGUGGGGGGGGGGAUCCGUGUCUCCACCGCCACCGACAACGCCGCCGCUACCCCCGCCCCAAGCCGGCGUUGGAGGCGCAGACUUCGCUAGGCGCUGUCGCUCGCGGCCAGAGGGGAUCGAACUCCGCGUGGCGAACUGUCGGUCGUGGAUUUGUGGUGGCCAGGGCCCUCCAGGCCACCCCGAGCCCACCAGGACCCAGCCGCCGUGAUUUUCGUCACCUGGGAACUUUGCGAUCCAGCGCGGGGAGGUAGGGGCGAUGCACCCCAUCUGACCUCUGACCCCUCAUACUGCUGCUGAUGCCACCUUCUUAAGGAAGCCACCACCACCUUCCACCGCUACCACCACCACCUUCCACCGCUACCACCACCACCACCUUCCACCGCUACCACCACCGCCACCGUCCCCACGGUCGCUCCUCCGACCUCGCGAAACGGAGGCCAUUGAGAGCCAUCAGCUGACAACAACCUUUAUUUUUUUCUGCUCCUUUCCUCUCGCCCGGAGGGGAUUUCUCGACCUUCGCGGGAACUCUGCCGUCGUGAAAAUUGUUCGGUUCGUUAUUGUCGCUUUGUCGGUCGGUCAAUUGGUUAGCCGAUUGGUCAGACGAUUGGUCAGCUGAUUGGUCAGCCGAUUGGUCAGCUGAUUAGUCAGUCACUCGCUGAGUCGGCUUGCGAGGUGAAUCUAUGAGCGUGCGUCGGUGCUCUGCAUGGUGGCGCGGUGUUCAUUGUGCGUGCGUGUGUGCGUGGGAGUGAGCGUGCAUGUGCGUGUAUUGCGGUUUGCGUGCGCUACGAACCCGGCGAUCCGAGUUCGAUUUCCGCUCACGGCCAACAGC